GCGCCCGCAGCCUCCCCCAAAGGGGCCCAGCGCCAUGCUCCUCCGUCGACUCGCACUUGUUUGAUUGCGAAACUCAUGCGCUCCACCGCGGGAGAUGUACCUGAACCUCUGUGCCCACGGCCCCCGACCACCCCCGCCCAUGGGCUGCUAGCUGCAGAUUCUUCCUUGUUCCCUGCCCUGCCCACCCACCUCCAUGCUAGGGAACGGGCGCGCGACAACGAGGCAGAGGCAAGGCAAGCCUAGGGCGGCUGCUGUCGGUUGCCCGUGUCACUGUGCCUCUCGGCGCCCACAAUCAAGACACUGCGUCGCCUCUGCAGGCCCUGCACACCCACCCCGGCAUGCGAAUCAUGGCAUGCCACUGCGUCGAGGCCGGCCGGCCAUGCACGCCUCCGAUCCACGCCAGCCUACGACUUGGCUGAGCGCGGAGGCCCAUCCGGCAAACCGAGCCAAGCCAAGGCCUCUGCCCGCCUGUCCACACGGCUCCAGUCGCCCUCGUAUUGUGUGCCAUGGUGGCAGUGGCAGUGGCAGACGCUUUCCAGGGCUGCAGAUGCGAUGCGACGCGACAGGACAGCAGAACAGACAUGGACACAUCCGCCCACACCCAUUGUCCCGUCCGUUCCCUCCCCCUUCCCAGCAUGAGCCUCGCCUGUCCCGUCCUGUGCCGCCAGCGUUCCUCCUGCACGCUUCCCGUCUUAUGCCUGUCUGUCGGCCUGAUAAACUUUGCAUCGCGACUCUCUGGUUUCAAUGUGUCUGACGGCCUCGAUCCCAUUCGUAACAGGAACUUACUCUCUGUCCGUCUAUCGGCGCCUAUGCCCAAUCCCUCAGAUCCAGUCCCCGCUUCCGCUCGCCUGUCAACGCUCACCGCUGGGAUUUUCGGAAUCCCAGCAGUCGACUCGAUUCCAUUUCUUGGGUCAUGCUUUUUUGAUCGACCGUGCCUUGUGCGGCCAAAUGCUCAUUGGGCCCUUGUCGGCGUCUACCACCGACCGACUGCUACUUCAAGACAUGGAUUCCCUUUGCGGCAUGCUGCUCAGGCGCCGCAAACUAUGACUUGCUCCAGCA